UUGCUUUUUGCUUUUUCUCAUCUUCAGAAAGGGAUUCCCACUGCAGAGUCAUGGAGAAGUUUAUGCCCACCCCCACCACGACCCCCUUCCAUCUCUCAGUCGCAGUCCCCUAUCCAAACCACUCUUCCAGAUUCUUAUUCUGACCUGGUUGAGGAGCAUAAAUAUCAUAGGCGACAUCGUCAGCCCUGCCGGCAGUGCACCAGUCCUGAUUGCGGUCGCCGGGAGCAUUUACAACAGCAUAGAGAUGUUGAAGAAUACGAAUACGAAUGCGACAACUACGACGAUAAUUACAAAGGUGAAUAUGACAACUAUUAUGACGAUACUCGACGAAGUGUUUGCCGAGAUAACGUUAAUUUAGCAUGCCGGCGUCAUCAGUCGUCUGAAUUGCCUUUAGACACAAGUCAUGGCGGACCAGUCCGCGCUCUUCGUACAUGCGGACAAAGACCCGAACGCGAAGUUUUUAAUACUAGCCGAGAGAGUGGCUCUACUAAGGAGCAGCAUUGGAUACAAGAUCGAGAGCAUAGGAAAAAUUUGGCUUUUCCCGAAAGGCGAAUGAAGCAGACUCGCAGACCAGACUCUAAUCAGGAGCCUUAUUUGGAAUCGGCAGGAGAUGAAUGGAAGGUUUGCUCCAAACAACAAAACCUUACUAGGCAGCGGGGUUAUUUGCAAAGUGGGGAAAACAUCAAGAGCUCCUUAGAGCCAGUGAAUUCCGGCUUGAGAGAGUCCGGUUGCCCGCUUACUGCGGACGACCAAUUCUCUCAGAGAUUACAACAACCCCAGCAACAGCGGUCGACUCAGAUACCUAAAUCCCAGCGGCAGCAAAAACAGCCGAAACAACAACAAUUUGAUUUGAUUGAGUUCCCUGACUCAAGACUGCCUACUCCUGCUUGCAAAGGUGGCCCGACAUCAGUCUCUUUUCCACAAGUCUAUAGCCAGGAAGCAGAUCUAUGUUCCACUGGUUCUUCUGGACCUUCUAUUAAUCAACCGAACUCCUCCGUUUUUUCGAUGGCCCACUCUCGCUUAACUAAUGAUUCCUGCAUCCCGGCAGCGCAUCCCUCCGACCAGUUUCCCUACACGAGUGUGCCUUCAGUGAAGGAGUCUAUAAAAUUAACAGCUGAUCAAAAGGACUCUGAUACUUCACAUUUCUACACACAGACCCCUAGCCCAGCUGGCCUUAUGCCCCUUUCGGAUCGAGAACAGGCUUGUUUACCGAAACCUUCAGCUAUUUCUGUUGCUGAUUCCCUUAUUGGC